CAUGCCUCGGUAUGUUACUGCUCGCGAAUAAUUCGAACCUAUCGCCAAUUUUUCAGUCUUCAUCGCGUUAUUUCGAAAUAUAUUCGUCUAAGAACAUUAAUAAUAAUGAUAAUAAAAAUAAUGUUCAGCCUUUUACUCACCUCUCUCGCCGCCACCGCCUCAGCGGCUCUCACCACGAGCCAAGUAGACUACGGCUCUCUGCACUGCCCCUCGGACUCGCUAGGCACAUUAACAACCCCCACAUACGGCACCGACGGCGCCAUAUUCACCGUCUGUUCCGAGCUUCUCAUCAACGCCUCGCCGCUCGCCGUGUACAACGCAAUCCUAGAUUUCAAAUCGUACCCGCGCUGGAACGCGUUCAUCCCCGACGUGUCGCUCCCCGCCAACGUGACAUCCACGCCGCGGGACUUGUACCUGGGGAUGCCCAUGACGUUUACGUCUAGCGGGCUGAUCGGGUCCCUCAACACCACGAGCGCGGAGAUCCUCACCGUCCUGGACGCCUCUGGCGCCUCGGAUUAUCUGCUCAACGCGUGGCGCUACGACGACGGGGUGGGCGGCGUCAGCGCGCGGGCCGAGCAUCCCAACGUCCUGGUCGACCUGGGAAACGGGUCGACGCGGUACCUCUCCUACGAGACGUACUACGCGGGCUUAUCCACGGGCGCGAUAGCGCUGUUGAAGGAGCAGUUGAAGCAGGAAUUCGAUAUCCAGGCGCAAGAUCUGAAGACGUAUGUAGAAAGCAUAUGAGAAAGCAUGUGAUCACCAAGUUAUUUCGAUACGUUGAGGCUUAGAUCUACUUAAUAAAACA